UGAGCCACCUGCAAUCCACAUUGGACGCGCUCAUAUAUCAGCUGAUAGAUUUUUGAAUUUGGACGACGACGCGGACGUCGACGUCGACGCCGGAUGCUCAACAUUAUUUAGUUUGUAUUUUCGCACAUUCUGCAUAAAUUAAAUACAAGUCGAGUGGCUCAAUGGCUGCGAUAGCCGUUGGCCAGUUUAGUUGGCGUCUUUCUGUGGAACGGUUCGGUUCGGCUUGGAGCGUGGGCCACUCGUAUGGCGUCUCACUAAGCGAAGGCAAACAAAAACAAAAGCAAAUAUUUAUAACAAAGUGGAUAUCAAAGCUUAUUUAUAAUGUGUGAAGACUUAGUUUGGCCAUCGCUGCCGCUGCUGUUGCUGCUGCUGUUGCGGCUGUCGCCCGCCUCGACUGCGGCGCCGGGCAGAGAAAGCGUUAACCAGCAGCAGCUUCUCCAACCUUAUCCAGCUGGUGUGGAUUUGUUUGAGCAUGAGUUCACCAGCGUGUCGGCAGAUGAUUUUGAUCCAUUUGGUCCGGAUAUUGGCAACGAUGAUCUGGGCAUUGAUGAUCCGGAGACAAUGCCGCGCUUGUUUCAAGGCGACAUUGCCAUAGAUCCGUAUACGUACAUCACGCUGCGUCUGGGCGUGAAUCCCAUGCGGCAUCCCAAGCGUUUGUGGCCCAAUGGCACGAUACCUUUUGAGAUAAGUCCGCGGUAUGACAACAGAGAGCGCAAUUUGAUAGUGAGGGCUCUGAAGACAUUUAAUUCGCUCACCUGCAUCCGGUUUACGCCAUACGAUGGCGAGGUGGAGGAUUAUCUGCUUAUUGAGCCACCCGAGGAUGGGCCGCAGGGUUGCUGGUCGUAUGUCGGCAAGCGGGGCGGGGAGCAGGUGGUCGCCCUGCAGCAGCCCGAUGAGACAAGCGCCCACUGCUUCAGCAGCGAAGGUCGUAUCAUGCAUGAGCUCAUGCACGCCAUUGGAAUCUAUCAUGAACAGUCCCGCGCUGAUCGGGACAACUUCGUCAAGAUUCACUGGGACAACAUUGUGCCGCGGUUCAAGAAGAAUUUCAAACUUGUCUCGCGCAAGCGGGGCAAAUAUGCUUUCGACUACGACUACAACUCGGUGAUGCACUACGGCGAGUACUAUUUCAGCAAAAAGAAAGGAGAGAAGCCUACGAUGACGCCGCUGCAGCCGGGCGUGAGAAUUGGACAGCGGAAGACGAUCAGUAAAAUUGACUGCUUGAAGAUAAACGAUUUGUACGGCUGCUUGAAGGGUCGACGUGCCAAAAUGUAUAAAAGCUUUUGUCAUUUGUUAGGUUUGUAAGCGUUGUACUAUUUAUUGUUAUUUGAAUCACAUUGAUUUACUUAUUUAAUAAAUUAUAUCACGAUUUAGCGCGCUCUCUUAUUAUUUAAAAUAACUGUCACUGAAUUGCUUGAGUUUUACAACAUCCAAUAGAUGGCGCUUUCUAUUUUGUGCUGUUUAAGUUGGACACGUGGCCAGUUAAAUUUUAGUUUUAAAUAAACAACAAAAAGCAAAUUUAACCAUAAAAAUAUAUUGGUAUUAUUGAAAUAGUAUUACAGUGAUAUAUUUAUCACCAAAUGUGUUUGUGUUUCGCGGCGAAUGUGAAGCCCAAAAUAUAUCGAUUUUAGAAAUAAUCGUUUAGAGUUAAUUACCUAUCGAACACUUGAUAUUUAGUUUUCCUUCGCUGCGAAAGACUAUGUACACUUAUUUUAAAUAAUUGAAAGCAUCCAGUCGAACCAUGAGUCGGCAGUAUCCACGACUACAUAUUCUAAUAUUUAGUUAUGCCCAGCAGCAAAUCCUCACCAUGAUUUGCCCAGUCGUCCAGUUGUCUAGCUCCAACCGAACAUGUGGAAAUUAUUAAAAAAAAAAAUUGUGCAGAAAUUCUUGCUCAUUUGUUACUGCGCUAUGAGAUUUUCGACGUGAACUCGGACGUCACGAUGGCUUCACAGCGCAAACGUCUAAUGUACAGAUUUGAACAGGAGCACACCGUAUUGGAUAUCAAGCGAGCAACCAGAUGGAGAUUAGUACAAAAUAAGGAAAAUAUAGCCACUGUAGCAAUCAGCAUUAAAGAAUACCCAGACAAGUCAAUUCGCUGUCUGUGAGCGGAAUUAGGUGUCGACAGAGAGUCGUGAUGACGCAAUAACAGGCUUCCGCUAAAGAGCCCGCGACUUUAGUAGAACUCGAGGCCAAUAUUCCAGACGACAUUGCUGUAUUCACACCGUAAAUGUUAAACCGAGUAUUUCAAAAUUGCACAGUACGCCUGAAGCAUUGCCAAGUCGAGCCGGUCAUUUGAGCGAUGGGCAGUCCUUUUGCUCAAAUUUGAUCAAUCAAAGGUAAUCAAUCAACUCUAGAGUAAUAGCCAAAGAGUUACCCCUUAACAGAUGGAUAUACCAUAUACGAUUUUCUAUUAAACAAAUAUUACCUUAAUACAUGUAAAUAUUCUAUGUGGUUUGAAUAAGUUCGAAAAUUUAAUGUACUAACAAAUUUUUAUAUAUUUAUUUAUAUCGUAAGAAUUCAUAGAUUAGCUGGUGACACGAACAGUUGCUCAUGCGAAUUUGAAGAUAAUUUAUUCGGCUGUCAGCAGCGGUCAGGUUGAAAUGAGUUUAGCUUGUAGAUCUUAAACUUUUUGUUAUUCGAAUCACAUUGAAUUUCAAAUAUAAAUAUACACAGAA